AUGGCCGGUGCUGUUCCUUUGAGCGAGAUAUUCUCCUUUCCCCCUCAACAGCCGGGUGAACCAUCGACUCGCAAUUGGUACUCGGAACUUCUAGGCCAUCCAGAUUGCCAGAACAAUCCGGCGAAAAUUCAAGAAGCGUAUGAGCAUUUCCGGUCCACUAGUCUGGCGCGCUCAAUCUCUUCUUGCCUUGCAGUCCAGGAUAGUAACUCAACGCCAUCAAUUGCAGCAGAAGACAAUCAACCGCCAACGCAAUUCAUUACUCCUGAUUCGGCAUUAAUCCGAUACCUCAAACUCCGGGCGCAAAACGAAUCCCCAGGAGAUGGCACAAGACAUCGUGAAAUCGAAGAACUCAGCAACCAGGAUGCAAAUUGCCUUGUUAUAUGGGCGCGACCUGACACGCGCACAUUGAAUCUAUUGGUGAAAAUUCAGAGUUGCCUCUCAAAUUUAGUAGGACCCGAUCUCCACCUAAUACCCCGGGAUGAUAUGCAUCUGUCUGUCAUUGAGCUAUCGCAUCGACAUUCCGUAACCCAUCUUCGCUCGGUAUACGACAAGGUGGGAGUGGAGCAGCUAAGGAAGUUGCUAGACGUGCCACGAUCGGAAUACAAUAUGAAUAAAAGUAUCGCCCGUCUCGCUAAACCAAAGAUCAUAUUUGACAAGGUCGGUGUUGCCGUCGCAUUUGUUCCUGCGGAGGACAGCUACUCGUAUCACCAUCUCCGGAAUCAGCUCCAUACGAUGGCUUUGACUACGGGCGUUAGUAUCGAUACGUGUUAUACUGCGCCGAUUGCGCAUGUCACUGUGGGGCGAUUUGUUGGGAAUGAUUUCUUCGAAGCGUCUGGUGGGGGCGGUACCAUAGAUGCUAAACGGCAUAACAUGGAGAAAUGGCUCGGUCUUAUUGAGCAGACCAAUGAAGACUUGCAGCGGGAGUACUGGGGCGAUUGGGUCUGGGGUGUUGGAGAGGAGAAACCUUUGGAAGUCCAGCUAGGUUAUGUUAAAUUUGGACGGCAGACGGAGAAGGCUGAUCUGAUGGGAAAUACGUUAGAAAAUUAG